AUGACGACGAUUACAUUGGUAGCUGCGUUGUUCAGUUGUCUUUUGCUACAUUCAUUUGCUCUUACUUCGACCGCCGCAAGACUACCCGAUUCAGAUUUGCCGUUCGAGUUUAACCACGAAAAAGGAUCCAUAACGACCGAUGACAACGUUCUCACCCAAUCAGUGUCGAGUGACGGGCAAAAUGUAUUCAAAACGAACGAUCCACAGCCAAUAAAAAAAUAUCAAACAGCUAAUACAAACAAUAAAGAGUCGUCUAAAAAUCAGAAUUUGAAUAGAAAACCACGAAUACAAAAUAAUGCAGCGAACGGUGAAAUCACGUAUCCUGCUGGGCAUUCGAGUACAUCGUAUUAUAGCAAUUUUCCAACGAUAGAUGGGAAUAAUUUUUUUGAACAUUUAAGCAGAUUAAUUCCUGGAUUCUCCAAUAUGAGAAUUGAAUACAUUUGA